UUUGUUGCGUGUUUUUGUUAUGCACUUUGAACAUAAUACAAAAUUUCCCAAAUUUAAAUAUAAUAUAAAUAUGAAUUUUCAAUUUAUUUUACGUGAAUAGAUUGAGUGAAAUUACUAUGUGAAUAAGAUUUUUUCUACUAUUACUUCUUAAGAAAAGAUAAAGAAAAAGAAAUCGCUUCGUUAUUUUUAAAUAUGGCAAAAAGUGCCGAUAAAAGUUUUAAUAAUUGUAAUAAUUAUAAUUUAAGUAAUGGACAAUUAGUUUUGACUAGUUUAGCGGCUGGUGCUAUAGCCGGUGCGGUAGCUAAAACUACGAUAGCUCCUUUGGAUAGAACGAAAAUCAAUUUUCAAGUAGGACAUAAGCCGUAUUCAACUAAAAAAGCUUUCAAAUUUAUUUUAAAAACGUUAAGAACAGAUGGCGUUUUAACGUUAUGGAGAGGAAAUAGUGCUACUAUGGCACGAAUAGUACCUCAUGCUGCCAUACAAUUCACAGCUCACGAGCAGUGGAAACGAAUACUCAGGGUGGAUCAGGGAGGGGGAACGCCGGUCAAAUUGUUUUUAGCAGGUUCUUUAGCGGGGGUUACGUCACAAUCGCUCACUUACCCCCUUGAUCUAGCAAGAGCUAGAAUGGCAGUCACAUCUAGGGAGGAAUAUUCGACGUUAAGACAGGUGUUUUUAAAAAUAUAUUACUUUGAAGGGAUAAAAGUAUUUUAUAGAGGAUAUAUCCCGACGAUUCUAGGAGUAAUUCCUUACGCAGGAAUAUCGUUUUUCACUUACGAUACGUUGAAAAGAUUAUAUAGAGAGCACAUAGACAAUGUACAGACGCCGCCUCCCGUAGCAUCAUUGGGGUUCGGUGCGGUGGCGGGUAUGUUGGGUCAAAGUUGUACGUAUCCAUUAGAUAUUGUUAGGAGAAGGAUGCAAACCGACGUUAAUGGAAAAUACAACACAAUAGGAAUGACACUAAAAUAUGUUUAUAAGACUGAAGGUCUGAUAGGGGGUUUAUAUAAAGGACUUUCGAUGAACUGGAUCAAAGGCCCCAUAGCAGUCGGUAUUAGUUUCGCUACGUACGAUAACACCAAAGAUUUUUUACGUAAGCUAUUUUCAAAAUAUAAAACGAAAGUUCUGUACAUAGAAUUGAAAAAAUAAUAUUUUGAGUGUCCUUGAACGACUAUAACUAUAAUAGUUAUGAAGAAUUGUAUCGAUCGAUGAAAAUGAAAAUUUUUAAUUUCAUUCAUUUCGUACCUAAAAGAUCCUUACUAAUAUCUGCACAAUAUUUUGGCGCAAAGAUGAUGAUAGAGGACAUAUAAGAAUGAAAAAUUAGUGUUGAAAGCUUCAACAACAAUAUAUGAUAAAAAUAAAAAUGAAAUACAAUAAAAAGUAUUAAAGAAAACCAUAAUUAGUGUAAAUUAGAAGAUAUUUGAAUGAAUCGUGUUAUUUUAUGAAAUUUUUAUAAUGAAUUUUCCCACUGAACCUCGUAUAUUACAAACAUUCAAUAAUUCCAUUUCGAAAUAUUUAUUAUUUACUAUUCAUUUAUAUUAUUUAUUAUUCAAUUUCAAAAUACUUGAAACAAGAAUUUUUUCGCUGCACCUCGUACACAUGAAAAAAUUGAUUCAUGUCAAAAUUUUUCCACUGCACGUCGUAUGUAACAAGUUUAAUAACUCCAAUUCAAAAUCUUUAAACCUAUUUCGAAACUAUGAUUUAUAAUUUUUUUCACUGCAUCUCGUACAUUUCUUGUAUACUGCAAACACUUUUGUAUAUUCCACACACUAAAUCCAUUUCUAAAUUUCUCCAUUGCACUUCGUAUGUGAAACACUUGAUUAUUCCAUUUCAAAAUACUUAGCAGCAAAUUUUAUCACUGCACCUUGUAUACCUGAAUACUUAAUAAAUGUCGAAAUUUUUGUUCGUCAAUUUUUCCAUUGUACCUCGGUUGUUUUCAAACGAUUUUGAAAUUUUAGUUUUCAACAACAUCCCGUAUACACCAAUCAUUUAAUCUAGUGUUAAUUUUUUUAUAAGAAAUUUUUCCAGUGAUCCUCUCAUAUGUCACAAACACUAAUCUUUUCGUUUCAAAGUGAACGAAUAUUUUUAAACAACACUUGAUCCAAACCGGAAUUUUCCAUCAUAAAUUUUUCCAUUGCACCUAGUAUGUCAUAAACACUUAAGGCCGGAUUCAUAAACUUGAUUUGCUGUUCGCGAGUGACGUUUGCCGUAUAUUGACCCUAUUUAUAAAUUUGACGUUACUGCCGUUAACCUAAAAUUUUGUUAUUGUUAUUCUCUUUGAUGUGUGUACCGUUUUUUUCUUUUCGUGAUAUUUUUUUUACUUGUUUAUGUAUUUUGUAUUUAUGGAAGGUAUUGUGGAAAAUAACGAUGACUUUUUUUUAUUGGGAGCAUUAGGCAAAAUCACGUGACAAACGCAAAUGUAUGUGAUUGGCUCUUUUCUAUUGCUACGAACGACCGACGGGAACAUAAAUUUCGUUUAUGUUCGAAGUCACCAACGGCAGACUGCGACGUCAAACGGCAACUAUAAAUGGUUUUAAGAAUUUCAAUGUUUUUAAUUUUAUAACAAAUAUAGCAAUCGGAAAGUCAACUUUAUGAAUCGGCCUUUAAAUACACUUGAUAUGUUACAAUUUCUCUUAAAUAUCAAUCAGAUGACAAAAUUUCCGGAUGUCCAACUAUAUCAGAGGCCACAACAAAAUCUCAACGAAGACCAUCAUGAUAAUGUCGAAAAGAAGAUUAAAACGUCAUAUUAUAAACAUAAACACGAUUUUGAAUUAAAAAAAACUAAUAAAACACUUGUAGAUUCUUAUUUAAUAGUUAAAAAUGGCAUUUAACUGACGAUAACAAACAAAAACUCUUAACUAAUAAAAGAAGAGAGAUCAGUGGGAAAUUUUUUCUUUGUAUAUAACUGAUUUUAUAAAAUAACAAUGUGUUAAGGAUCUACAAUUCUUCUAAUUUUGGGGACGACCUAUUUAAGUAGAAAGGAUGAAAAUGUCAGUAGUUAAAAAUAGUAGUAUUAUAUCCCUUUAAAUUAAACAAUUGACAAUAUAAUGAUAUUUGACGAUCUAAAAAUUUAUAAACUGUUAAAAUUUAAUAUUAAAUUUUCUAAUCUAUAUAAGGCUGUUAGAACUCAAAGUCAAAGGAAAUGAGAAGUUUCGUACUCAUAUUUAUUUGUUAUUACAAAACUCAAUACAAAAGAACCAACUUCCAUUGUUUAAACUCACUGUAUUUUGAAUUAGUCUUGAAUUUAUGUUCAUCAUACAAACUGACACCACCAGCAUGACUAACGCGAGUAACAAAAUGUAUUCCUGGAUAAUCUUUUUGUUAUUUGAAGUUUAUUGAUGUACCUGUUACAUAUUUAUAGCUUUCCUUUUGAAAAUUAUCUGAUUUAUUUCAAAUUGAGCUGAUGAUAUCAGUUCUCAAAUUAUCUGAGAUUUCAUGCAAAAGGAACGCCACUAUUAACAAAUACACUGAUCGACAUGAAUUGAAGUUUAAAUAUUUUUAGGACCAAGUAGGUUUUCUUUUUAUGUUAUUGUUGAUUUUAUUUAGUAUGCCAUCAAAAAAUUUUAAUAUUUUAUUUAAUUUCAGUUAUAAAUUGAAUUUUUUUACUAUAGGAAUUGAAUAUUUGUCUUGCGUUUUAUUAAAAAAAUUGUUAUUUAUUAAAAUCGAGAAAUAUAUUACUUGAAAUUUUAUUUAUUGUUGUCGGAUUGUUAAAACAUUUUUUGUUAAUAAAUAUUUUUUUAUAAA